AUGAAAUUCUUCGGCUUUACCCUGCUCUUCUUGCAGGCUUUCCUCGUCUGCGCCCAAGCCACUACUCAACCCAAGCUCGAGAACUUCACCCUUGCAUCGGGCAGUGUCACGAACACCCUAGAUCCCAACGAGAAGUACGAAAAGGAAUCUCGAGAUAUCAACGAAGUCAUUAAACUCGACCCAACCAACAUCACCAUGGCCAUCCCGCCGGAAGACUUACCCAGUGGAAAUCCAACUGAGAGACAACAUGCACGAGAUCUCUCCAAGCGCCCUGGGAAAUGCCCCGUACAUCUACCCUGGCUCUGCGAUGGUGUUGUUGUCUUUUUUGAUAGCAUGGGCCACCAGUUCCAACUCCGUUGCGGGGAAUGUCACGCUUCCAAUGCGAUCGACCGGGCCGUGCGCCUGCUUUACGACCGGUCCUUGUGCUAG